GCAAGCCCACGGCCUUCCCCCACAAGUCUUUCCGAACUAUGGCAACAAAGAGAGAUCCUUGAAAUUCGCGUCAUCCGGGCCGGUGUGUUUGCUCGGCGUUUCCAGAUGCGGGCAUAUUAGAGGGAGGAGAUCAAUGGUUGGCGGUUGCCAUUGUUCUCGGGUCCACCGCCGAGUCAUUGAAUCAGCCACACGUCUUUCUAUUCAUCACUGCAUUCCAACUGCAAAAAAAUCCAUCCGCUGUAUGUACAUGGUAUUCGCGCCGGUAGAAACACUCCCGGUUGUUUGUCGGGAGCUAAAGCCCACUCUUCUAUAUGGCCAUAUAUUCUAUACUGGAACCACCCGAUUGAGACCUAUGGGACAAGGUACUAGAUGGCGGUUGUUGAACCCCAGGGCCUCGAGCCAUUGCGUAGUCUUUAGGAUAUUAGCAAUGCAAGGAUGGAGGGCCCGAAUGAAUCAUUGCCUCUAGCAGCUGUUCCUGCGUGGCCCGAAUGAGAAAAGGUCGGUUUCAAUAUUUACGAGCUGGUCUUCUGUGCCCGUUCGUAGAUCCAGUCGUUGAGACCAGCACGGU